AUGGCCAAUCCCCUUGAUACAGAUGCUGGCUCGGAGCUAUUUAGCAGCUAUGAAGCAGAGCUGAAGCUCGUUCAAGCCGACCUGAACCAGAAACUCGAUCAGAUAGCAGAGGCCACUGGCGAACCACGCAAGUCGGCUAUUAGCCAAGCGGAACGAGCAUUGGAUGAAGCGUCUGAGCUGCUUGAUCAAAUGCGCAUGGAGAAGCAAAACAUCCCUUCGGCUGCUCGCUCAAAGGUUAAUGUCCGGUUUCGUAACUAUUCGAGCGACAUCGACGAACUGAAGAGGAAACUCAAGUCUCUAUCUGACGACCGCAGGGCGCUCUUUGGGGCGCGGUAUACCGAUGACCCCGAGGCUGGAGACAUUCACAUGGAACAAAGGCAACAACUACUGUCGGGAACAGAACGUCUAGAGCGCAGUUCUGCUCGUUUACAAGAUAGCCAACGACUUGCACUAGAGACGGAGGAUAUUGGCCGGAAUACUUUGGCAGAUUUGCAUCAACAGCGUGAGACGAUUGAGCAUACUCGACAGAAUCUGCACCAAAGUGAGGGUUAUGUUGAUACGAGUAUCAAGACGCUGCGGGGCAUGGCUCGUAGGAUGGCUACAAAUCGAGUGAUCACUAUCGCAAUCAUCACCGUUCUGAUUCUGUUGAUCUUCGCUGUUAUUUUCAGCAGCUUCCGUUAG